AGGGAUAGAGGGGGAGGAGAGGGAAGAAAAAAGGAGUCAUCGUAGUAACACACCGGCGCGUCUCCUCUCGCGGCUUCGUGGUUGUCUCGGAAUUAGUGAGUAGACAGAAUUAUGUCUGUGAGCUGGCCAGCACGGCUCAGUUGAGACUUACUGCUCAGAGCGUGCACACGCAUACUACGGAAUCCUUCCUACUUACGCACCUCGCGCCUUCCUCGUGCGAUUAGAACUUAGUCCGCGGCCGACCGGCAGACCAAUCACGGUCCAUUUUGCUAACGCGCCUCCGUACGAAACGGUGUCUUCUUCUUCAUAUGUGUUUGGACGUGCUGCGGAGUUACCUCGUUUGAAGAAGUAGCUAAGGUGACGGUAUAGCACGGAGCCACCCGCUACAACGAUGACGUCUUGAAGCCCCGAAGAAAUUUCGGAGAACCCGGAGACAUGUGAUUAAGACAUUUUUGUAAUCACGCUUCUUGUUGUCGUCUUCCUCCGUGAUUCUUCGAGGUGAGCGAAACACGAAAUCGGAGAUAGAGACUAAUAUAACGCGAACAAUUAAUUCAAAUUGUUGAAAGUCAGUGGACUUUGAGGAUUUAAUAGCGAGAAAAUCGACGAAAAAUUUUCUCAGAAGCAAAAGCUAUCGGUUAUUUUCCUCCGAAAAUUUGAAGAUUAUUUGCAGGCUGCAGUCGUCAAGCACGAUUAACAAAAUUUUCGGGGCAUUUUUUUUCAGUGAGCCAUUCACUCAGAUUUAAAAUUCCUGUGGACAGAUAGCAUUUCAAACUAUUUAAUCUCGCAUACAAGACUAUCUAAUUUUUGGAAUACGAGUGCUUCGAUCGUAAUUGCAGUCGAACAUCAUUCGAGUUCAUUAAACUUUUUAGUGAAUUUUUGUAUUAUUAGCAACAAUGGGCAUCAAAUUCUUCGUACUUUUUUUAUUGAUAUCCAUCACAAGUAAUGCGUGGUCUCGUCAUCAUCAUGCUCACCGUCAUCAUUAUCCAGAACACAGAAAAGAAAACAGUCACAUAAAUUUCGUCGAGCAAGAAUCCAACUCUGGAAAUAAAGAAACCACGGAUACCGUGCAAUUAGAACCGUUGAAGAAGAAUGAAGAAUACUCAGAGGUCUUAGAUAGCAAAGGAUCAAUUCCCUUCAGUGCGCGGAGACUAGAGAAAAUGUUGGAGAAGGCACUCCUGAAGAUAAUCACAGGUGAUCUCGGCACGGCGGAGAUGCUGCUGCUGAAGAGCUUGAAUUACACGCCGGAAGAAGUACUGGCGAUUCGCGAGCGGGAGCUCGGUAAGCGAAGGGAUGAAGAAUCGAGAAAAGCGGAGGAAUCUAAUGGGAAAAAAUAUUACGAUGAGAAUUUGUAUAGAGAUAAGGUGAAGCAUUGGAAUUAUAACUCUAUGGAAUUCGAGUCGUCUCUCCGUAAUGACCCCGACGUGGACGUGUCGAGAAACGAGAGGAGGAAGAACCGAUACAAGGGCUUCGACUUUGACGCUUACAAUCGCCAGGCGGUGCUCGAUUACGAGAACCUGGCGUCCAAACUCGAGCUGCAGCAAUCAUCGUCCGAGCCUACAAUGAAUUUCGAUUACGAGAACGAGUCGAGGAACACCGAGGAGCAAAACCCGUCGCAGAGCAUUCAUCAGAGCUUCGACCGUGCCAUGGAGCCCCACGUGAUCUUCAAGAUCCCCUACGACGACUCCGAGUUCGAUUCCAACUCCGAAUCCGACGAAAAGUCAAAAUUCGCGGACAGAGAAGCCGCCGUUUUGUCGAAGGGCCUGAAACAUCGCAUUCCUUCGUCCUUGAGACACACGACUGCAAGGAAUGUUGCAAACUCCUUUCACGCUUCGUCAUUGUCUACUUCUUCUUCUUCUUCGUCUGCCUCUUCUGCGGCUACCGGGCACACUCCACUUCCCAUAGUAGACCAGCUAAGGAAUUCUAAAGGCGUCGGGCCGGAUUACCCGAAGAAUCAGCCUACCUUCAGCACGACGGAGCUUCCGGAGCCUAUUAUCACGAGCACCGCUAUUACGAAUGCUACGUCUAACGCGACUUUCAGCGUGACAGAUUUCGCCGAUUCAGCGAACGACAGUAAAUUGUCCGUCAAAGACGCGGACAGUACUGCGGCCGGCAGAAAAGUCAGCGAGUACGAGGGCCUGGAAUGGGUUGAGGACGACGUUUAUAGGGUGAUACCGGCUUAUGCGGAUUCGUUGGGUUACGACAACCCCGACGAGAGCGAGACGUCGGAGUACGAGGAGAAUCUAGGUUCCUCGCCGCAGGGAAACGAAAACGACACACUGGAGUAUCAGAACGAUUCUUCGGAUCCGGCGAAGUUCUUCAUAGCGAACGCCAAUAUCUCCGCCGAAAACGCAUCAUGGAGCAAUCUGACUCCCUAUCAACAACUAACGCGCAAUCAUCGUCGAAAAGAAAACGUAACUUCAAACUUCGACAGUCAAGGCCAGAGGGCAAUCGAAGAUAUUAAGCUGAAGAUUCUCGCGUUAACUGGGAGAUUCAACCUUAGCACCAACACCAAUCAGGUCCAACGCGAGAAACUUGACAUGAUUUCGCCCGUUUGUCAGAUACCUCGAAAUACGGAUUCUGAGGCAUGGUUGGAUCCGUUUUCGAUGAACAUGCACUUUCAAUUGAAUCUUACCUCCGGUGAUUACAUCGUCGCCGCGAGAUUGCGAAUUUACAAGUUACCGCAAGAAAAUGUCACGACUUCCGACUCCCGACUUUCGAGUCCUUUAUACUCCGAGGAGGAAGAUGACGAGAAGAAGAUCAGGAUAUCCGUUUAUUACUACACGAAGUCGCUGAAGAAGCAUCGAUCAAAGAAACGACUGAUGGACUCCAUCGUGACGCCUCUGACGGCCGAAGGGAGUCAUCUGGUGCUGGAUGUCAAGCAGAGCCUGAGAUUCUGGCGACCGACACAGCGAAAUCCACAUGGUAACAAUCACGGUUUGGUGAUUCAGAUAGAGGACCAGGACGGCCGGCCGCUAAAACCGGCUUUGUACAUCAAGCAAUCGUCUUGCGUGGAGAACGAUUCCGAUGAGAAGACCAGCGCGUACCUGCACUUUUCGUCCGAGCCUGUCCUCAUUACGUUCGCAUCGUAAAUGACAAACAAGUCACAUAUGUCACGAUGCGAAAUUGUAGGCAUUGAUGGCAAAAUGCACUUGACCAGGAAGCAAAAGAAUUUAUUUCGAAAUAAAAAGAAUCGACUUAAACAAUAUUGUUAUCAUCAUUAUCUAGAAAUACUUGCUAUUAACACGUAAAAAAACGUGCACUUUUAUUGUAUAAACUCACAGUUGUAUUGAGAAAUAUCUAUCCGGAUUGUUAAAAAUAGCACCCCAGAAAUAUCUACUCCGAGAAUAGCAACUCAAAGAAAAAUAUCUACUCAGAAAUAUUAUAUAAGAAUGAAAUUUACCAAGUACUGGAUUUUAAAUUAAAAAAUUCCACAUCAAACAUGAAGAAAUUUAAUACUCGAAUAAUAGACUAGCAAGCAUAUGAACGCAGAGACCGAACUAUCAAAUAGAAUGUCCGUCGUUUUGAGCAUUACUUUUACAAGAAAUGCAAUUUUUUACUAAUUGCUUUUUUCACUGUUUAUUUGAAAUUUAUUUAAAAAAAAAUGCAGUUUCGGCUUUAAAUAAAUAAUAAUAGUUUAAUUGUAAAAAAAUGUAGUUUUGUAAGAAUUCUUUAUAUAGACUGUUUACUAUUAACUUAAAGAAGAAUUAUUUAAAUAUAAUAAGAUA